UACAAGUUACAUUCAUUCAUUCAUUGCUCUUCUGAAAAAUUUACUACUUAGAAGCAGAACACAACCAAACAAAGAAACAAACAUGUCUUCCUUUAUAUUCAAUUGCUUUAUCAUUUUCAUGGCUGCCACUACUUUUACUUGUGUUCAAUCUGCAAAACAAUUCCAAGUUGGUGGUCGUUUAGGUUGGCGUGAACCUGAACCAAACAACACUGCUUUUUACACUCAAUGGGCUGAAAGAAACCGUUUCCAAAUCGGAGAUUCUCUCGUUUUUGAGUACGAGAAUGAUUCAGUUCUUACUGUGGAGAAGUUUGAUUACUUUAAUUGUGAUGCAAGUCAACCUAUCACUACUUUUACCAAUGGAAAGAGCACUCUUAAUCUUGACAGAUCUGGACCUUUCUACUUUAUAAGUGGAACUGAUGAGCAUUGCAGUCAUGGUCAAAAGUUGCUUGUGGAAGUUAUGGCGCCACAUCCAAUUCCAGCAUCUCCACCAACCACCAUUUCGAAUCCACCAGAAGGUUCAUCACCGAUCAUGGCUCCUGCAAAUUCGCCUUAUUCUUCUGAUUCCAUAGAGGCUUCAUCCUCCUCCAUGGUGGUUACUUCAAGUUUUAUGUUAACUUUGGUCACAUUCGGAAUUGUGAUGAUGUUAGCACUCUAG